AUGUCCGAGAUCCAGUCCACCUUUCAACCGCCUUCCUCAGAUGGUAAACCUUUCGUGCCCGAAUGGCAAGCACCACCGGCUACCAAAGAAAUUCACGACUUUGCCAAACUCACCACAAUCGACCUAAGCCUUCUAGACUCGUCGGAUCCCUCCGUCGUCGCAGACCUGGUAGCAACCACCAAACGAGCCAUCAAGGAAGACGGGUUUCUAUACCUGGUAAAUUAUGGUGUAACAAUCGAGCAGCUUCAUCGUCAGUUCGCCAUCGCCCAGUAUCUUCAUCGAAAUAUAUCAGAGGAAGACAAGGAGCGGCUUCUGUGGGACCCAGCCACUGGUCUGUUUGCCGGAUAUAAGCCUGGUUUCGGAUGGAAGAGAGAAAAGGGAGCCGUUGAUGGUAUUGAGCAUUUCAAUUUCUAUCAUGAGCAAUUCAGCGACAUCAACAAAAUCCCUACCUGCAUUCACCCAUUCAUGGACGAGAUCAUCGCCUUUUGCGAGUUCUUAACUCAGUCUGUCAAUAGGCGACUUCUCAGAUUGCUCUCAAAAGUCCUGGAGCUCGACGAUGACUUCCUCUGGAACAAGGUUCAGUCUCAGAAAGGUCCAGUGGGGGAAGGGUACUUCCGUCACGCACUGUUCCAUCCGCUUCAGGAAGACACAAAGAAGCUUGGAGGAGGUCUGAGAAUGAACGGACAUCACGAUUACGGAACAACCACUUUGCUCUUCUCCGUACCUAUCAGCUGUCUGCAGAUCUACGGCAAUGACGAAAAAUGGAGAUACGUGGGCUACAAUCCCGGUUCAUUGGUGGUCAAUCUGGGGGAGACUCUCGAGAUUAUCUCUGGUGGUCACUUUAAAGCUACAAGACAUCGCGUAUAUCAACCCCCUUCGGACCAAGCUCACGAGCAGAGACUAUCCUUAGUUCUCUUCAACGCCGCCGAAGGAAGUCUCAGGGUGUCUCCAGCUAUGGAGUCACCGCUCCUGCAGAGGGAGGGCUGCAUAAACGAGCAAGGUGUUUAUAAAGGUUUCAAAACACUCAUGGAUAACGGUAUGCCUGUCCCAACAAUGAGGGAGUGGAGGGAGAUUCAGAUAGCGACUUUGCCAGAACCAAACUUGAAAAAGGAAAUGAAAAUCCUUGAAGUCAAUGGCAAACUCAUGUAUCAAAGAGAUCUGUUCGGCAUCCCUGUGGUCAUUCCUGUCUAA